AAGGGGGAUGGGAUGGGGGGAUGACCACCGCCGCCUCCUCCUCUAUAUAGGGGGGCACUUUCCCACCCACCUCCAUCUCCCCUGCCUCCUCCCUCCAUGGCGAACCUCCCCACCCACGCCACCAACGCCGACGCCUCCGCCUUCAAGCUCUUCGGCCAGGUCAUCCAGCCCGACGCCCACCGCGCCGCCUCCGCCCCCGCCUCCACCUCCAUCUCCGCGGGACAGAGCGCCGCGGCCCCGCCGCCGCCUCCUCCUCCUCCUCCUCCCCCGUCGACGACGCAGCAGGCCGCGGUCGGGGGCGAGCCGCUGCCAUGCCCGAGGUGCGGGAGCAGGGAGACCAAGUUCUGCUACUUCAACAACUACAACGUGCGGCAGCCGCGCCACCUCUGCCGCGCCUGCCGCCGCUACUGGACGGCCGGCGGCGCGCUCCGCCGCGUCGCCACCGCGUCCCCGGGCCGCCGCAGGCCCCGGCCCAGCGCCCGAUCGGCCGCCGCCGCGGCCUCGGCCACCGCCUCCGCCUCCGAGGAAGGGGCGGCAGCGGAGAGCGUUGACUCGCGGUCGUAGGCGCGUGCCCGCGGCGUGGUGGAGCAAGAGCAAAUGCUCCGUCCCUCCUCCGCAGCUUCCGGGCCGACGCGUCGGAGGCACCGCGACCAUCACCCGUCCACCUUUUGGCUCUUUUGUUUUUUUGGGGGAUUUAUUAUUAUUGCUAUUAUUAUUGAUCGAUGUAGGUUCCAUUUCGAUACCAUUUUAGGAUUCUUUUCGGUGGCCGCAAGGAUACGGCCACGGCCAGCAAUACGAAUGGAAGAGAGGAAAAGGAAACAAAAAAUACUCGUACUUAGUUGAAAUGAAUGUACUUCCUUCCUUGUGAGCCGUGGCAAUGAUGAUGAUGAUGAUGAUGAUGAUGAUGAUGA